AUGUACUUCUUUAAUUGCCCAGAUCUUGAAAAUUUGUUCGUUAUUUACGUGAAAGUGCCGGAUUUGAAAAGUUAUCCGCAGGCACAUGUAAGUUUAUGUAAAAAUCUGAUUUUUACUGAACCCGAUGUACUGGCUUCUCCUUUUUCGAUAAGGGAAAAAUGUUUUCUUGUUUGUAUGUCAAAGAAGCUGUUAUUCACUAAAAGAAUUCAGAACAGAUUAAUUAAGAAAGAACUAUCAUUAGGCGAAGCUGUUCAAGCUAAUCCGGAAACGUUUGAAAUGUGCCUGAGAUACACUGUAAUAACCAGACUAAGUCCAAAUUACAACGUACUUGCAUCCUUUUUGGUAGAAGGCGAGCGCUUUUUAUUUACUCCAACUCGUCUGAAUGCUAUUGAUUUGAACAUUCAUGUUACAAACCAGAAAAUAACAAUGAAUGCUUAUACGUGUGCGCUAUCAAUGCCUGUAACGUCCAUAAAUCAUUUUGGAGUUCAUUUUAAUCAAAAUAGUAAUUCUCAUAUCACACCCCAAUUGAUCAACUGCAAAUGGUGCUUUGUUUUACCAAGUUUAAAAAAAGGUAAAGUUUGUUCCAUCCACAAAUCAUUUCCACUAAAUGAUUGCUUUAAAUGUUAUAGAGAAUUAAAAAUAUUUUGGAGAGAUAUUUAUGGUUAUGUUCUACCUGAGAAUGAAUCUGAUGUGUUUUUUGUCAAAGUAGGUUUUGGAUUUACUGAUGAAAUGUUUUUAUACCCAAGCUGUUGUGUUAAAUGUUUUGAGCCAAUAAUAAUUAAAAAGCAAAAUGAUCAGAUUGUAGAAAAUUUAAUCAACAAUAUAUUAGAAAAAGUACCAUUUAUGUGUGGAAAUCCAUUAAAAUUUCAUCUAGAAGAAGAUAUCUUUGAAAAAAAUGAAAUUGUCUUGCAUAACACAGAUUCUAAAUGUUUAUUGGUGACAAAUAAUAAUGAUACAAAAAGUGGAGAAGAAAAUGACAAAAAAUUGAGUAAUGUUAGACUGCUCAAUAAAGUAGAGCCUAAUGUUUCAAACAUGGGUGUGGUUACAAAAAAUGCCCAAGAUAAUUUGUUGAUCAGAACUGAAGCAGACAAUCCCAUUUCAAGCAUUUAUAUUAAUAACACGUAUAAAAUGCAAAGUGAUGAUAGCAGUGAAGUUGUAAAGUUUGCACCAAAAAUAGUUCCUAGAUUUACCAAAAAAAAUUCUGGUGUGUCCAAAUUAAAAAUCACAAAUGUUGAUGCACAUUCAACUGCUAGAGUUGAACCUAACGGAAACAGCAUUAAUCAUUCAUCUGCAAGAGAACAGGUCGUGAAACAAAAGCCAAGUUUUUGUAAAACGAACGUCAAUGCCAGCGUGAACAAGCAACGUCAGACAAAUGUUCCAACGAAAUCCAGUGCUCCCAUAUUUAACAUUGACACUGAGACACCAAGUCUGACUUACGAGCCAAAAAAAGCUGCUGUAAAAGAAAAAGUGAGAGCUGAGAAACAUAAUAAAUCGACGCCAACUGGCGAACCAAAAGAGAAAAAGUUCAAACCUCAAAUUGAGGCAUCAGCUAUUGACAUAGAAAAUCUUCUGAAGAACGAGAAAUCACUGAACAAAGAUGUCUUGAUUGCCUGGUUGAAGAGUAAAAACGUUAAAUGCAAUGCAAAAAUGAAAAAAGAGGAGUUAAUAUCAAAAGUACGUCAGACAUUAAACGCAUAA